GGGCCCCGGGGCCGUCGGGGGGACCCGGAGCCGUCCCGGCGGGGCCGCUCAUGGGACCCUGGGGACAGCCGGGCUUGGCCGGUUGUGGAUGGAGCGGGACGGGACGGGACGGGUGGUGUGGGAUCGGGGCCGGCGUGCUGCGAGGGGAGGGAACGAGAUGAGAUCGGUUCCGGGAUGGGAUGGGUGUGCUUGCUGGUGGGGGAUCGCUGCUGGUUCGCUGCUGACGACCUGGCGCAGGGACGGCUGCUGGCGCUGGGAGGCUGCGGUCUGCUCCUGGGAUCAGCGCUGGCGGUAGGCGACGAGCGGCUUUACGCGGCGGCGGUGAUGCCCGCGCUCCGGGCGCUACCCCCUGAGGCCGCCCACGGCCUGGCUUUGCGCGCCGCCGCCCUCGGGCUGCUGCCCCCCACCCGUCCCGAUGGCCCCGCGCUGGAGGUGCGAGUCCUCGGGCAGCGAUUCCGCAACCCAUUGGGCCUGGCUGCUGGCUUCGACAAGCAGUGUGAGGCUGUGGACGGGCUGUACAAGAUGGGCUUUGGCUUUGUAGAAGUCGGGACUGUCACGCCCAAGCCCCAGGAAGGGAACCCCAAGCCUAGGGUCUUCCGUCUGGCAGAGGAUGAGGCAGUCAUCAACAGGUAUGGAUUCAACAGCCAUGGCCAUGUCGUGGUGGAGCGCAGGCUGCGAGCUCGCCAGGAGACACAGAUCAGGCUCACUAGGGCUGGCAUGCCUCUUGGAGUCAACCUGGGCAAGAACAAGAGCUCUACUGAUGCUGCAGCUGAUUAUGUGGCUGGGGUCCGGACACUAGGCCCUUUGGCUGACUACCUUGUCGUGAAUGUGUCCAGCCCGAACACCCCAGGGCUGCGGGACCUGCAGGGCAAGGCUGAGCUGCGGGACCUGCUGAGCAAGGUGCUGGUGGAGAGGGACCUGCUGCCUUGCAAGCGUAAGCCCGCCGUGCUGGUGAAGAUUGCCCCUGACCUCACUGCACAGGACAAGCAGGACAUCGCCAGUGUUGUCUGUGAGAUAGGUGUGGACGGGCUGAUAGUCAGCAACACCACUGUGAGCCGCCCCAGCAGCCUCCGCAGCAGGCAGCGCAUGGAGCCCGGGGGCCUCAGUGGGAAGCCCCUGCGGGAGCUCUCCACACAGACCAUCAGGGAGAUGUAUGCUCUCACUCAAGGUAAUGGCAGAACAGAGCUUGGGGCCCAUGCCAGCAUUGCCUGUGCCAUCCUGACCCUGCGCCCUGCCCACAGGCCGGGUUCCCAUUAUUGGCGUGGGUGGGGUGAGCAGUGGGCAGGAUGCUCUGGAGAAGAUCCGUGCUGGAGCCUCGCUUGUGCAGCUGUACACAGCACUUGUGUACCACGGGCCACCAGUAGUGGGAGCAGUGAAGCGGGAACUGGAGGAGCUGCUGAGGUGAGUGGAGGCCAAGCACAUCCUCAGAGAGCCCCUGGUCCUAGGACAGCUCUGAACAUCUGUGUGCUGGUGCCCAAGCAGUGGCACUGCAGGGCUGAGCCACAGUGCCAGCCCAGUCCCACCACACACAGUCACUGGUUAGGGAGCAGGGCUUCAAGAACGUCAUGGAGGCAGUUGGAGCAGAUCACCGCUGCUGACACACUGCAGAAUGAAGGUGUAGCUGGGAGGAGCCGUGGCUGAGCAGGGAUGGGUGUGACAAUUCCAGUGCUGGGCAGACUGGGACUGAGACAUGGUCGUGGUUCCAGCCCCUGAGAAGGGUCUGAUGGGUGAAGCAGGAGCUGCACUGGUGGAGAGCAGGGCCUUCACAACAGUGCUGCCUCUCAGGGCAGUGUUUUGGCUUCCCUGUGGACAGCAGAACUGAGUGUCAAUAAACAUUUGGCUCACCUGG